CCCGUCCAAGCGGUUUUUGUUUUUUAUUUAUAACGGUUCGCCAUUUAUCAGCAAAUAUGAGGCAGCCAGGAAACGGAAAAGCAAGGCCCAAUGCUGUUGUUAACAAUUGAAGUGCAAUACAUUAGUGCUCGUGCUGUGAAAAUUCUACAAUUCGAAAGUUGUGUGCGCUGGCAUCCGAAUUCGGGUCGAGUGGUGAAAAUAAAACGACAAACAUCCAACCAAGAAAAAGAAUUGUCUGCGAACGCAACGACAAAACGGGCAAAAGGGGCGACAAUGGCGACGAGAACAGAGGAAAAGGCCAAGUGAAAAGCGUUAUUCGGUUACUCGGUUAUUCGGUUUUUCGGGCGUACUGAAGCCAAAAAACGACCUCUGGCUGCGUUUCUUCAGGCCCAUCUGCGGCCAGAUCAAUUUUUUAGGUCUUCUGGCACCCCCCUCCCCCCAGUGUCUUCCCAGUGACUAACGGGAUAUCCAAGUUUCAGUUUUGGGCCCGAUCCCAAUUACCGUCACAGAACCAAACACCAGUAACUAAACCUAUCCCCAAUAACCAGUUUUUACGUGCAAUAAUAACACGGUUAUGCUGAGAAGCUGAAGGAUAAUAAAAGACUACAGUCAAAGCAAUUCUGUUCAAGGAGCGAAAAAUAAGUCAAAAAAUUCAAAAGUACGAGUCAACCACUUCCACCCACCCCAACAGUAAAAAAAAGCCAAGAAAGAGCGAUCAAAACAAGCGGAGGGAUACAGCGGGGACGAGGGAAAGGGAAGAAUCGGAUCCGGAAUCCUCCAGUCAUCCACAAUCAUCACCAGCAACAGCUAAUCGGACUCGCGAGCUAAAUGUCCAGUUGCCGCUAUCGUGCCAUACGGACGGCGUGUCACUCCCGACAAAUGCGUAUUGUGGUUGACCUUGUUUAAUAUAAUUAUGGCCGAGCGGUCGUUACAAAAGUAUCAGAAAUUGGAUACAGUGACGGUUGGAAGCGGCUCAGGAAGUAGUGCAAGCAGAGCAUCAACAGGACUUCUUAGGCGGGGGGCACUUGGGUCGAAAGGGAGCCCAUCGCUUAGCUGAUAGAAUGGGUGGCCCGAAAAAAGAGGAAAACCCACCAGGUGGUGGUCCGACGUCAUUGUUUAUUCUAACCGAGGAUAACCCAAUUAGAAAGUACACACGAUUCAUCAUAGAAUGGCCGCCCUUUGAAUACGCUGUGUUAUUGACAAUCAUAGCCAACUGUGUUGUGUUGGCACUAGAGGAGCACUUACCAGGGGGCGACAAGACAGUAUUGGCUCAAAAAUUGGAAAAAACGGAGGCCUAUUUUUUAUGCAUUUUCUGUGUAGAAGCGUCGCUCAAGAUCCUCGCCUUAGGGCUUGUUCUGCAUAAACACUCCUAUCUCAGGAAUAUUUGGAACAUCAUGGAUUUUUUCGUCGUAGUUACGGGAUUCAUGACACUGUACCCACAAAUAGGGCCCGAGGUAGACCUAAGAACACUUAGAGCCAUUCGUGUGCUACGGCCCUUAAAAUUAGUGUCUGGAAUUCCUAGUUUACAAGUAGUUUUAAAAUCUAUAAUCAAGGCGAUGGCACCUUUACUGCAAAUCGGUCUCUUGGUGUUGUUUGCAAUCGUAAUUUUUGCAAUCAUUGGACUCGAGUUUUAUUCGGGCGCACUGCAUAAGACUUGUUAUAGCUUAGAAGAUCCAAACAAACUAGUGAAGGAGGGCGAAUCAGAGACGCCUUGCAACACGGACAACACCACGGAAAAGGCAACCGGCUCCUUUGUAUGCAACAACACCACGAGCAUGUGUCUGGAAAAGUGGGACGGACCAAAUUCAGGUAUCACGAGUUUCGAUAAUAUCGGAUUUGCCAUGUUGACCGUAUUCCAAUGUAUCACGAUGGAGGGCUGGACGUCAAUACUGUAUUGGACCAACGACGCAUUAGGUUCAGCAUUUAAUUGGAUAUAUUUCGUGCCUCUUAUAGUUAUAGGCUCAUUUUUUAUGCUCAACUUAGUUCUUGGUGUCCUUAGUGGUGAAUUCGCAAAAGAACGAGAAAAAGUAGAAAAUAGACAAGAGUUUCUUAAACUUAGAAGGCAGCAGCAACUAGAAAGAGAGUUAAACGGCUAUGUUGAAUGGAUUUGUAAAGCUGAGGAGGUAAUACUAGCUGAGGAGCGAACAACGGAAGAAGAAAAAAUGCACAUAAUGGAGGCUCGUAGACGAAACGCUGCCAAGCGAAAAAAGCUGAAAAGCUUGGGAAAGUCAAAGUCGACAGAUACAGAGGAGGAGGAAGCCGAGGAAGAUUAUGGCGACGAUGGUUACCUGAAAACUCGCUCAAAACCUCAAGGAAGUUGUACCGGAUUUUGGCGGGCGGAGAAGAGGUUUCGUUUCUGGAUCCGACACACGGUGAAGACGCAAUGGUUCUACUGGUUCGUGAUCGUCCUCGUCUUUCUGAACACAGUCUGCGUUGCCGUCGAGCAUUACGGGCAGCCCUCGUUCCUCACGGAGUUUCUGUACUACGCUGAAUUCAUCUUCCUGGGACUCUUUAUGUCGGAGAUGUUUAUAAAGAUGUAUGCGUUGGGGCCGCGAAUCUACUUUGAGUCGUCGUUCAACCGUUUUGAUUGCGUUGUCAUUAGUGGUUCGAUAUUCGAAGUGAUCUGGUCAGAGGUCAAAGGCGGUUCGUUCGGUCUGUCUGUGCUGCGAGCCCUGCGAUUGCUGCGCAUCUUCAAAGUCACCAAGUACUGGUCCUCGCUGCGCAAUCUAGUCAUCUCUCUGUUGAACUCGAUGAGAUCCAUCAUCUCAUUGUUGUUCCUGCUCUUCUUGUUCAUCCUCAUAUUCGCUUUACUUGGCAUGCAGUUAUUUGGCGGCCAGUUCAAUCUGCCUGGAGGCACGCCCGAAACCAAUUUUAACACUUUCCCGAUAGCACUGUUGACAGUAUUCCAAAUCCUCACUGGCGAAGAUUGGAACGAAGUCAUGUAUCAGGGCAUCAUAUCUCAGGGAGGUGCUCAGAAAGGAAUGAUUUACUCUAUAUACUUUAUCGUUUUGGUACUCUUCGGAAAUUACACGCUAUUAAAUGUGUUCUUGGCUAUCGCCGUUGAUAAUUUGGCGAAUGCCCAAGAACUUACAGCAGCCGAAGAGGAACAAGUCGAAGAGGAUAAAGAGAAACAACUGCAGGAGCUCGAGAAGGAGAUGGAGGCCCUCCAAGCCGACGGUGUCCAUGUGGAGAAUGGAGACGGUACUGUAGCCCCCAGCAAGGCCAAGGGCAAGAAGAAGGAGGAGGAGAAAAAGGAGGAGGAUGAAGUGACGGAAGGUCCCAAGCCAAUGUUGCCGUACUCAUCGAUGUUUAUACUUUCACCAACAAAUCCCAUACGACGCGGCGCCCAUUGGGUUGUUAAUUUACCAUAUUUUGAUUUCUUCAUUAUGGUUGUCAUCUCAAUGUCAUCAAUAGCAUUAGCAGCCGAAGAUCCCGUUCGUGAGAACUCAAGGCGAAACAAGAUACUGAAUUAUUUCGAUUAUGCAUUUACCGGCGUAUUCACGAUAGAAAUGUUGCUGAAAAUUGUAGACUUGGGUGUUAUCCUGCACCCUGGCAGCUAUUUAAGAGAAUUCUGGAAUAUUAUGGAUGCUGUGGUCGUUAUAUGCGCUGCUGUUAGUUUCGGUUUCGAUAUGAGCGGUAGCAGCGCUGGACAAAAUUUAUCGACUAUUAAAUCGCUUCGGGUAUUGCGUGUCCUACGCCCAUUGAAGACCAUUAAGCGUGUACCAAAAUUGAAAGCCGUGUUCGAUUGCGUCGUGAACUCAUUGAAAAAUGUUGUUAACAUUCUAAUCGUGUACAUAUUGUUUCAAUUUAUAUUUUCUGUUAUUGGAGUACAAUUGUUCAAUGGAAAAUUUUUUUAUUGUACGGACGAAAGUAAACAUACUUCCGCAGAGUGCCAGGGCUCGUACUUCAAGUACGAGGAGGACGAGCUGCUGCCCAAACAGGAGCUGAGGGUUUGGAAGCCUAGGGCCUUCCACUACGAUAAUGUCGCCGCCGCGAUGUUGACACUAUUCGCUGUCCAGACCGGCGAGGGAUGGCCACAGGUCUUGCAACACUCAAUGGCUGCCACUUAUGAAGAUAGGGGUCCAAUCCAAAAUUUCCGGAUCGAAAUGUCCAUAUUUUAUAUUGUGUAUUUUAUUGUAUUUCCGUUCUUCUUCGUCAACAUAUUCGUGGCCUUGAUUAUUAUUACGUUUCAAGAGCAAGGCGAAGCUGAGUUACAAGAUGGCGAAAUUGACAAAAAUCAGAAAUCCUGCAUCGAUUUUACUAUAGGAGCACGGCCUCUCGAGCGCUAUAUGCCCAAAAACCGGAACACUUUCAAGUAUAAAGUGUGGCGAAUUGUGGUGUCAACGCCUUUCGAGUACUUCAUUAUGAUGUUGAUCGUGUUCAAUACCCUGUUGUUGAUGAUGAAGUAUCAUAAUCAAGGAGACAUGUAUGAAAAGUCGCUUAAGUACAUCAACAUGGGAUUCACUGGAAUGUUUAGUGUAGAAACUGUGCUAAAAAUAAUUGGAUUCGGUGUUAAGAAUUUCUUCAAGGACCCGUGGAACAUAUUCGAUUUAAUCACCGUGCUGGGCAGCAUUGUGGAUGCACUGUGGAUGGAAUUCGGGCACGAUGAUUCGAACUCAAUCAACGUCGGCUUCCUGCGUUUGUUUCGUGCGGCGCGCCUUAUCAAAUUACUUCGUCAAGGAUACACAAUACGAAUUCUCCUCUGGACAUUUGUACAAUCAUUUAAAGCACUUCCUUAUGUCUGUUUGCUUAUAGCAAUGCUAUUUUUUAUAUACGCCAUUAUCGGCAUGCAGGUGUUCGGGAAUAUCAAACUAGGUACGGUGGAAAAUUCCAUUACUAGACACAACAACUUCCAAUCAUUUAUUCAAGGCGUCAUGUUGCUAUUCAGGUGUGCGACGGGCGAGGCCUGGCCAAACAUAAUGCUGGCCUGCCUCAAGGGCAAGGCCUGCGACGAGGACGCCGAGAAGGCACCUGGGGAGUACUGCGGAUCCACGCUGGCCUACGCCUACUUCGUAUCAUUUAUAUUCUUCUGCUCCUUCCUGAUGUUGAAUCUGUUCGUCGCCGUCAUCAUGGAUAAUUUUGAUUAUCUCACGAGGGACUCCAGCAUAUUGGGUGCUCAUCACUUAGACGAAUUUGUGCGCAUAUGGGCGGAAUAUGAUCCAAAUGCGACUGGAAAAAUACACUACACGGAAAUGUACGACAUGCUGAAAAAUAUGGAUCCUCCGUUGGGAUUUGGAAACAAAUGUCCCAACCGAUUGGCCUACAAAAAACUAAUACGAAUGAACAUGCCCUUAGACGACGAAUUGAGAGUUCAGUUCACAACAACGUUAUUCGCGUUGAUUCGGGAGAAUCUCAGCAUCAAAAUGCGAGCGCCUGAGGAGAUGGACCAGGCGGACAUGGAGCUGAGGGAGACCAUCACGAACAUCUGGCCCCUGCAGGCGAAGAAGAUGCUGAACCUGCUGGUGCCGCCCAGCGAUCAGCUCAACAAGGGCAAGCUCUCAGUGGGUAAAAUCUAUGCAGGUUUCCUCAUCCUGGAGUCCUGGCGCAGCACGCGGUUCGGCCAGCUCGAUUCGGGAAUGCCGCGGAAGAAGCCGGAAGACGAUGAUGAGCAUAAAUAUAGCCCAACGGCAGUCGAAGAGCCGAAACAAUCAUUCUUUAACUGCCUCCUCGAUAUGGCCGCCCUUGACAAAGGAGGAUCGCGACAGGGCUCCAUAAGUUUCGAGCCAAAUGGGGAAGGAGCCGCCAACUCACAAACACAUUUGUUAGCCAGCACGCACCACCACCACGCAAACGGUGAUGCCGAACACAACAGUUUGGCAACACUAGCACGGCGGAGUACGAUCAGAAAACGAUCAGUUAGAAACAAAAAGAUGCUGGAGCUGCAGGACGCUUCGAGACAUCCCUCGCAGGAAUCGCUUACCGGUGCCGAUGCUGGCCAUUUACAUCCUGGACAUUCGUAUAUGAAUGGUCAUCGGCGAUCGCCUAGCUUGAGGCACAACGGCUCUCCACUGGCCAGAUCUCCGAGUCCUCGACGGCGUGGCCAUCAAUACAUACAUCAUGAUAUCGGGUUCUCCGAUACCGUAUCUAAUGUCGUAGAGAUGGUCAAAGAGACGCGUCAUCCUAGGCAUGGCAACAGUCAUCCGCGGUAUCCAAGAGGUUCAUGGUCAGCAUCGACAAGUCCGGCCCGUUCGCCUUCGCCUUCUCGAUAUGGUGGUCAUUUGUCUCGCAGUAAACGCACUCAACUGCCUUAUCCCACAUAUGGGACAACCAGUCUAUGUCAAAGAUCACGAUCGCCGAGUCCCGCUAGACUUCAGGAGAUGCGUGAACGAGACAGACUUGGUUAUGGGAUUGAUAUGGGUGCAGCGCACGUGCAGCACAGUUACCCAACUCUGGCGUCCCGUCGUGCUGGAAUCGGAAGACGCCUUCCUCCGACUCCAAGCAAACCGUCAACACUGCAGCUCAAGCCAACCAACAUCAAUUUCCCCAAGCUGAAUGCGAGUCCCACACAUACACACCAUUCAACGCCCCACAGUGUUCACUCGCUACCACACCACCGCGACCUGCUGCGAGAUCCAAGGGAUAUGUACUAUAGUAGUAGAGAACGCGAGCGGGAUCGCGAACGCCUUAGGGAUCGGGAAAGGGAUCGCGAUCGUCUGCACGAGUACGACCUGCGCUACGAGUACCGGGAUCGGGAGCGGGAGUUGUACGAGCGCGAACGAGAUCGCGAGCGGGAAGUCGAAAGAGAAAGACUGGAAUAUAUAGCACCGCUGUCAUUUGAACAAGCGCUGGCUAUGGGCCGAACAGGUCGUGUACUGCCAUCUCCAGUUCUAAAUGGUUUUAAGCCAAAGAGUAGUCUGAACCCUCGACACUCCGAUUCGGAUGAGGAGGAUUGGUGCUAGCAAAGGCUUUGAUUGCGAUCGCGUAAUCGAAAGGAUCAGAUCUGGGUAUAGCAUCAGGCCAUAUGCUCCUCUUUGUCGGCACCAAACUUAGAUCACAAUUUUGAUACGAUACGACACAGAUACCAACCCGAACAUCAACCCCAACACCUUUGUCCACACCCACACCUGUACCGCAAGCAACACCUUGACCAAAGGUAUAGCACGAAUGUAUCGACACCAAAACUAGGAACAACUAUAUCUGAUAUCAAAUUGGCUAGAGAAAGCUUACAGGAAUUAAACCCGAAUCGACAACCGCAAUCGCAACGGAAGCAAGAGCAACAAUUGGAGCAUCAAGAAGGGCGGUUAGGGUGGCUCAGAUGGUGCCAGGAGCCUUAUGAACCCCCAAUGAUGGCAUCAUUGCCCGAAACCAGAGCAACAUCGCCCCAGUCUGAUAACGAAUUAAUCCGAAAUAUAAGGAGAAAAGAAACUGGAACAACUGCAAUAACACCAAGGACAACUAAAACUGAAGCAAUGAUAUUAAGCGUACCAAUUACAAUAACGUCCCCAUUAGCUAUUACAAAGAUAUACUCAGAUAAUGACAUUAAUUAUAAUACCGAAAAGGAUAAUGGCGGAAUAGAGGAAGCAGCCCACCAUUAUCACCAGCCAGAACUUACCACACCAGAUCUACAACACGAGCCACCACUGCAGCAACACAGCCAGCACUAUCCGCAGUAUUCGUAUCAUACGCUAUGAGGAGUACAGGAUCCAGAACCAGAAUCCGCUAAAAGUGCAACUUUAAUUGAAACUGAAACGAGGUGUAAAUGAUGUGAGAGAUAGCGUAACGAAAGUAGAGGGACAUGUAAACAAAAUAGAGCUACUAAUUGCCAUUUCUAGGCAGGAGUGGAAAACUUAAUGUUAGAUAUGAAUAUGAUCAAGUGUAUUCUACUUUUUUUCUACUGUAAGGACAAGUCUAGAUGAAGAGCUCAUAAAAAUGAAACAAAUAAUAACGGAACUUUUUGAAACAGAACACACAUAGCUCUAGGUCUAAAUACAUAGAAAAUAAAAUUGUAGGUACUCGCAUACAUUGUAAGUUAUCUAGGACAUAGCUCGAGGAAUCAGUAAACUGCAAGCGUUUUUGUCUUGUUUGUAUUUAAAGUUAGUAAUUCAAUUCAAAUGUGUAUUUAAAUGCGACGUUUUAUUUAUUCUUUGUACAUACCAGAUAAUUGUAGAUAUCAAAUUUUUGUAUGUAAUAUAUUUACCUACGACUACUAUUAUAAAUACCUUCAACAAAAUGAACGCGCUAUUCGCUAUAAUAGCAAUCAAUGAGCGCAUUUUAGUCCCCUACGAUUUUUUAUUCAGUUAUGUAUACUUGAGCGGAUAUUUUGUUUUGACUAAAAUAACUUCACAAAACCGGAGAAGAAUAAAUCAAACAUAUAAAGAAUUCAAAUACAAAGCCCAACUACAACCAAAUAACUCAAUUAUGACCAAAAGUAUGUAUCUGUAAAAUUAGCAUCAACCAGUGCCAUGCGUGUGUACAGACUUUGAAAUUUACAAUAGCUUUUUUUGUCAUAUUUCUUCAUAAUAGAACGAUCUUUUAGGUGUAUGCUUCUGUUAACGUAUUUCCGACAGAGUUUCGUAUGGUGAAAUUAGCUUCUUUCGAUCAGUUCAAAAAAUGUUUGUCUAUAUGUAUUUACAAAUAAAAGUAUAUGGCAUUGUUUUACAAUCGAACAUCUUCAACAAAAACAUGUGUAGAUAUAACACAUACACCUCCGGCUCCUCAUACUCUUUAUAGAAUGUGUAUAAUGUAUAAAAAUUGCAGAGCUCAUAGCACAUCAAACAUAAUAUAUUCAAAUAUAUAUGCCGGCACACAGCCCCUCCAACUCACUAAAAAAAUGCAGACAUCAUGUGUAUAGAUAGACGAAUCGUACAUGUUGGACGACGGGAUAUCGAAGAGCGCACAAUAAUUGUAAUUUAAAGAAAUGAAUCCAUAACUUAAGUAAAUAAUUAUAGCAGCUGAGCAGUAUUGCGAAUUUACACAGCAACUUAACUUACCAUUACGAUUAUGAUAAUGACUAGAGUCGUAGAAUGCAUACGAAGGUAACAAACAUUAAGCAACCGAAGAAACACUAACCCAAAGCUAACGUAACUGAGCUGACUUCAGCUAAGUACGAUACUUAAAUAUUAACUGAGCAAUACUGAAUAGGGAAAACGACUAACCUAGAAAUGAUAAACCAAUAUAUACACUGAAAAAAGGCCAAAAUCGCCAUUUAAUUUAGAAAUUCGCCAUGAAAAUAAAUAUAUGGCGCUUAGCCAAAAUUUUAAGAAAAUCCUGUUCUUUAAAAUAUAAAAUUUUCUAAAUAAAUCGAAUGGCUUUCUAAUCAUAAAAAAUAAUCAAUUUAAGACAUUUUCCAUAAAUCCAGAAUAUUUGUACAUUAUUUAGCUCAGGAAAUUUUCUUUGAAAAAAGAACUGAUUUUUCUUAAACACAGAAAGAAAGUUUUUAAAUGUCUUAAUUCUAAAAUAUAGAGAGACCAAACAAAAUGUAUAUUUUUUUUAAAUAAUUUCUUUAUUUUAUGUGUUAUGUUGUUGAGUUAGCCUUUUAAAUUUUAUUACUGUAAAAGUGAAAUAUUGGAAAAAGCGUUUCCUAAAAAUAUUCUCGUUUUAAUGUGAACGCAUAGGUGCAAUUUAUUUUUUGUACACAAGUGAAAUAUGGUCAAAAACUAAUGAAAUGAUCGCCAUUUUUAAAACCAAGAGGUUUACUCCAAGUUAUCAAGAUAUAAAAAUAAUAUUACUUUUGAAAAUAUUUUGUUUUUAUUUUACAAAAUCCGGCAGCAAGAAAUAUUUCUAGUUAAUUUUAAUGAAAAACUUUUUUUAUUUUAAAAACAAUUUUUAUAAAUAUGCUUUUUUUACGGAGAACAUUUUCAAAUGUGAGGAAAACAUUUUUAAAAUUUUUCUUAGAUAAAGAAAAAGUUUAAUUUUAUGGCGAUUUUCUAAAAGCUAGAAAAAAAAUUCGAGUGUGAAAAGAAAAGCGGCAACCGUAUUCUUCUAAAAUUAUCUUAAUAUCGGAUGCAAAUGAACAUACAUUCAAGAAAUAUACAAAUGCCUAAAUAGAUAAAUAUACAUACAAUAGUUUAUAACUAGUCUCAAAAAAAAAAAGAAACCGAAUUCCAUCGCUAAGGGAAAACAAAGUUCGCCGGUAUAAAGAUUCACUCUCCAAUUAAUUGUAUACACACAGCGCACUACCGAGUGCUGUUGCACGUACUUACGAUGUUCACUUUUGACUACUUCCAGUAAAAGUUUGUCCACGCGGCAGAUGUUUCAAAUCCUCAGUCUUAGGCUAAGAUCAGAUUUUUGAACUUCAUUUGCACCGCUUGUUUAACAUUAACAUUCAAGUUAUUACUAGCGAUAUCCUCACACAAGUAGAGUUCUUGGAAGGGCAGCUUAGGGCUCAUUAGCUCAAUUACUACUACUGAAUCAUUGCCCUGAUGCCAAAACUAAAAUAAAUAAAUAACAAAAUCAAAAAAAAAAAGAACGAAACGAAACAAAACAAAAACAAAAAUAGAAAUGAGUACAAAAUAUAAAUAUAGUUUACUAAUGUCGUUUCGAUAUUAGAUGUAUAUCCAAUUCAUCAAGCCUUUAGAGGAAAUAUUUAGUUAGCAAAUAAUUGGCACACUUGACCAUUUCAAAUGAAAUUAAUCGCCAUUUGGAUCCUAUUCGAUCCGCUUUUAAUGCUCACAAUCUUCGCUUCGUCCUUCGUCCUUCGACUAGGCUCCAGCUUCCCCACUAAACUCUUACUUCUACAAUAAACAUUCUUACAUACACACUUACGUGGUUGGGUGCCGAGUGCAGGAAUCAAUGAAUAUUCGAUUUUUCGGGGCAGAACAAGUCGGGGCAUUGGGAAACAGCUUGUGAACCACCUUCAAAAAGUAUAAAGUAUACGUAAACAUAUAAUUGAAAGACAAUGCCGCGAUCGAUAGUUCUCCCAGGCUCUUGUAUUCCUCCCCUACAUUGUUAAAUACUCCAGAUGCUUGAAGGCGGGGCGCCAGUCCAUUCGAUCGAAACCGCUGAACCGUGGAAUCCAUAGCUGGAUAUGUGGUGAAAUAUACUUGAGUGUGCAUAUAAUCAUUAUAGAAUGCAAACAAGGCUGCUGCCGAGCCAAGCCCCAUGUGAAAUUGAGGGUGACCCGAACGGCCAGGUCCGCUCCCUGUGUUCCUUGUCUCAUGUCGUAGGUGGCUUACUUUCUUUAAACAAUAAAUUUAACCAUAACUUUACGAUUCGAUUGUAUAUUUUGUUAUUUGUUUACUGUCUGGUGUGAACGGUUACAUGAAAAAAAUAUAUGUAAGUAGAUCGACUUUUUUUUACAAAGCAACAAAAUAUAGGAUGUGCGAAGAGAUAGUAUGCAAUUGAAAAGGAAAAAAAUUAAUGAUAAAAACUAGUUUAAAAUUAGACAAUGUAACUGUUAUGGCUAAACAUUAAUGAUAAAACAUAUACAUAAAUAUAUAAAACAAAAGAAAUAAUUAUAAAUAUCUUAAUUUAAUGUACUAAGUGAAUAACGCAGUUAAAAUAAUUACUAAGGUACGCUAGAGAUAAUUAAACUACAUUUAAUAAUUAUGUAAUUAUAAAUAUGACUCGUAAUUUAUAUACAAGAUAUACAUACAUAAACAUAUAAUAACAUAAAUACCUGCCUUCAACAAAUUUGUUAAUAAAACUAUUAAUACUUUCUUAUUUUACAUAAAGUAAAGGAAUACCAUAAUAAAAAACAAGAAGAAAAUAAAUGCAAGAAAAGUAACACAAAAA